AUGUCCUCUCUCUUCCCCUCGACGAUGCGCCGCAUGGCCCUCGUAACCCCUGCUCUCCGUGCCUCCCCUAUCGCCACGUCAUCCGCCUACACCCUCAACGGGUGGGUGCGUCCCAUGUCCUCAACGAGCGCCUCAUCAGCGCAAGAGGACCCAUCCGCAACCACUUCGUCCACCGCCCAGCUCCGCCCCACGACCCACUACCGUGUCACGCUGCGUCGCUCGGCCAUUGGCCUGCCGUCUCGCAUCAGCAAAGUCCUCUCGGCCAUGGGCCUCAAGAAGCGUCUCCAGUCCGUCUACCUUCCACAGGACGCACCCGUUGCAGGACAGAUUCUCGCAGUCAAGGAGCUUGUUCAUGUCGACAACGUGAGGCGCCUUGACCCGCCUGUCGGCCUUGACCUGGAGGAUGUAGCGGAUUGGCACGCGCAGACGCCCGACAAGGAGGCAAUCUGGCUCGAUGCCCGUGGUGAUGUGGUUGACUGGGGGCGGGAGGCGAGAAGGGCCCCGAGAGGCUACACCGUCGUAGGCAACUGGGUCAGUCAGGAGAGAGAUGAGGAGAUUCGCACGCGAGGAGUCGCCGCCGCCGCCGCCGCGACUGACGAGCUAGCGGCUGAGGCUGUUGCUGCUAAGGAGAUCUAA